AUUGGCUGGAGCCGCCGGCUUUUUUCUUUUUUUUUUUUCUUCUUUUUUUUUUAACGUCUGUGUGCGUCUGUCUGUUUGUGCGUGUGUGAAUGUGUCAGAGGGUUAUAAGUCUUAUACCCAGGCGCCCACAUGCCGCACAGGGGAGAAGUGUCAGAAGAUUUCCGGGAUUUGUAGGAUCGUAAGAGCGUCCUGUCUCCUGCACGAUGACAGAAGUGGCCUGUCCCGCUUCUCUAAUGGACUCUGAGAUGAUGUUCCAACCAGAGUCGGAUCAGAUGUCUCCAAUUGAACCCAAGUCUCCGCCUCUGGACCUGAUCGACACAGGGAAGGGGCUGAAGGUCCAGACUGCCACUCCACAUCUGGUGAGCCUGGGCAGCGGGAGGCUGAGUGUGGCAAUCACCCUGCUGCCACUGAAAGAAGGGGUGACCCGCAUAGGCCGAGAAGAUGCGCCCGUUCCGCAAGACAUCACCAUCCAGGGGCCUGGCAUCGAGGCAGAGCACUGUCUCAUCUUCAAUGAAGGAGGGGUGGUGACCCUGGACCCCUGUGAUCACCUCUGCAGUCUGGAUGGAGUGCAGGUCACUGUGCCCACACCACUCACACAGGGUUAUUCCCUGUGUCUGGGUAAGUCCUAUUUCUUCCGGUUUAACCAUCCUGAGGAGGCCAGCAGAAUGAAGAGCAUGCUUCCUCAAAAGAGCCCCGUGUCCGCUUUGGCCUACAACACAGACUACCUGAAGUUUAGCAGCGACUAUAGCCAUGCAGUGGUGGGCGGCACCAGCAGUGCUCGGGGCAUGCGAUCAGCCUCUGAGCUCCGGGACUUGAUGGAUACCCUGCAGCGCAAGAAGAUUGCCCUGGAGAACAGUCUUAGAGCCAACGGGAAUGCCAACCCCUCCUACUUCAGUGUGACACAGUCUCCACCAACCACGCCUAUCACGAGUCCUGCCACAUCCUCGUCAGCCUACCAGGAACAGGCACGGCGUUUCUAUGGCACAGACCGUCCGCCCAUGUCUUUGAAAUCUGCUCCCCCUCUUUCCCCUGGACGACGAUCUGACCCCUCCUCUUCUCUGUCCUCCCGCAUCUCCACCGGUCGCAACCAGGACAACUUUAGUGAUAGCCGACGGAUGCACAACCCAGGCUCCUCUUCUUUACUGUCCACGUGGAAUGGUGGAGGCUCCUCUGUUUCCGUCGAUGGUAGCAGUAGCUACCUCCUCUCUCUCCCCCCUCCCUCCUCCUCAUCCCGCGCUCCCUCAGCUGGAGGUGCUGCCAGCAUGCCAUCAAGCCCCCGCCUUGGCCGCCGUAGCUUUGGCAACCAAGAGCCAUUGCCCAGCAGUCGAACCAGGAAAUACUCAGCAGGCUCGCUGAGUGGGCUGACAGGAGGAGGGCACAGCCGCUCUCUGCCGCGCCUCUGCCCUUCUCCAUCUCCCCGUGACAACAACAACGGUGUCCUGAGUUUGUCUACACUGCCCCCGCGGCGAUCCGACAUUGCUGGGGGUUACAAAUAUAGCAAAGAUCAUUACAACAGCCAGAAUGCCAGCCCUGACCUCAACCACAACUCCAGUAACUCCAGCAACUCCAGCCAGCUCUCCUCCAACAGGAAUCAAAUCCAGGCCACAACCCAGGGAGAAGGUGUUCUGUCCAUCUCCCUCUCCACCCCUAAGAACUUGCCCCCCACUACGCCCUCCAUCUCUUCCACAACUGCCCCACCUGAUGUGACCAUCCCAUCCAGGGCAGGAGGCCCCUCUUCACCCCGUGUCGCCAAAAAACUCAGCCUGACCUCCACUAGCUCCGUGGGCUCCAUCAGCUCCACGAGUUCCAGCCCCCCAGAAAUGGAACGGCAGGCUGGCCGUGGAGUCUCCCCGGGAAUGGAGCUGUAUUUAGGGGAGAAGGAGAGGCGAGGAGUCGGCCUGGAACUCACUGCUGCCCCAGGGCUCGGACUUGGAGAAAGGAGGUCUUCAUUUGGGAAGGCAGGGCUGGAACCUGGGAUGGGGCUGGGGGAAAGGAGGCAGUCAUUUGGAAAGGCAGGAGUGACCCCACCGGGGGGUUUCAGGGAAAGAAGGGGGAGUAUCAGCUCACUGAGUGGGAAGGAGGAGCUGACCGACUACCACCACCGCCAAAAAGAGGAGAGACUCCGUGAGCAGGAGGUGGAGAGACUGGAGCGACAGCGGCUGGAGACCAUCCUGUCCCUGUGUUCAGAGCUGGGCCGGGCUGACAGAGAUGGAGAUGGCAUGGCCACAAGUCCCACUUCAGCUGUGGCAGAUCUCCAGAAGAUCAACCAGGAGCUCGAGAAACUUCAACUGAAUGACGACGACGAUGACGACACACCAUCCGUCUUUUCGGACUCUUCGGCCAUCAAUGGAACAAUGGGGAAUGGUCACAUGGCCUCUCCCGGAUCAGAGAAUGGUUACUACGAUGACGAUCUACAGGUACGACGGAGGCGCAGCAGCGGCCACCGAGAUAACAGGGCAGAAUCACCUGCUGUCAGUCUGCGAAGCUUCGCCCCCUCACCGUCUCCACGUACACAGAGGACCAAUGAGGCUUUAGAUGAUGCAGCUCGUCGUCGUGGACAGGAAGUAAGGGCUUCGGAGGAGGAAGUGAGGCGUGUGGAAGAAGAGAGAAUCCAGGUGCUGAACAACAUGGAGGAGGUGGAGCAAAAGAUCAAAGAGCUGGACAAUCAAGUGGAGGAAUCUGCCCGAGAGGUGGAGGUUGAGCAAGCUCUGGUGGAGGCUGAGAUGGAGUCAGAGGUUGCUGCUCUCCAACAGGAAAAAGAUGCUCUUGAAGCACUUCACAACAAGAUGGCUGACCUAGAGACCAAGUCCCAACAGGAAAAAGAUAAGGCGUGUGAGUUGCUGCAGGCAGAGAGGGGCAGAGUAGAGAGGUUGGCUCAGAUUGUGUGUGAGCAGCGCUCCCAGCUGGACAGCUGCCCUGAGGCCACCAAGGAGCCCCUGCAGGAGCAGCUGGCCAGGGACUGUGAGGUGCUUGAGAUGGAGACAAAGCGUUUUGAGGACCUGGAGUUCCAGCAGCUGGAGCGAGAGAGCAGACAGGACGAGGAAAAGGAGACCCACACACAGCAGCUUCUCCGGGAGAUCGCAGACUACCAGCGGAGCACUGUCACUCGCAAGGAGCGACUCAUGACUCUCAAGAAGCAGGCAGCACAGAUUACCCAGCAGGCUCAGCGGGAGAAAGAGAGCUUCCUGAAGGAGAGGAGCAACCUUGAGGCAAUGCUGCAAAGGGAGAAAGAAAACCUCACCAUGCUGGAAAGAAAAUAUGCUGAACUCACUGGUGGACGGGGUUUCACGCUAAGAGAGGAUACGGCCUCUCUGGCUGAUGUAUGUCACUCUUUACACGAUUGUUGGCGUGACUCCGCCUCCACCACAAUUUCUCCUCCUCCAGUCAACUUGUGCGCCCUCUCCUCCUUCUUUUCCUCUAUUUCCCUCAAAAAUGCUGAGGGCUAUGUCACAGUCAGUGAAAUCAAUGAGCUUUACUCACAGCUUAGAGGGGAGCCUAAACCCACCUCUCACCCCACCCUGGCCAAUGCCUCUCCCGAGUCCGAGACAAACCCCUCCCCUGACGGCGACAAACCCAAACCACCAGAGGAUGAGCUCUGUCAUUCUUCUUCACCUGCCGACUGUCACUCCUCUUCCUCCUCUUCUUCUUCCUCUCAUCUAAAUCCCCGCCCCCUCCCCAAAGCACCCUCUGUGCAUUGGCCAGAGAACAUGGUGUCAUAUCGAGACCCUUCUCCUCUGCCUGACUCUCCCCCACCUCCCCUUCCUGUCAAAAAACACCAUCACCGACAGAGGCAGCAAUUCCGCUUGCUGGAAGAGAGGAGGAGGUCUGACAGAGAUGGUGGCUCCCAUCUAAGUGACACAUUACCCAGGAAGAAAACCACACCUGCCAUGACCCCUCACUUCAUGUGUGCAACACUGGGGCGCAGCUUCCCAAACAAGUCCCAUCAGCCACUGGUACAGAGCUCAAGUUGUGGCAGCAUUCUUCCAAGAAUGUUCUCCUUAUCCAACAAGGACACUGAACCUCGACGUUUGCAUAAAGGUCAGCCCGGCUCCAGAGCAGCCUCCCAGACCAACGUCUACCUCGAUUACCGUGACCAGGCCUUUGACACAAUGAGUGUGGACAGCACUGACUCCAUUGAAACCAGUGUCUCUGCUUGCUCACCUGACAAUGUCUCCAGUGCCAGUACUUCAAAUGUGGCCAAGCUAGAGGAGAUGGAGCGUCUGCUGAGGGAAGCCCAGAUGGAGAAGAGAAGUCUCCUCGAACACAAGGAGCGAGAGAUGGACAUGCGAAAGCAGGCGCUGGAGGACGAGCGGAGAAGAAGGGAGGAGCUGGAGAAGAGGCUACAGGAAGAGACGAGCAGACGUCAGAAACUCAUCGAGCGCGAAGUGAAACUGCGCGAAAAACAGAGGGCACAGUCCCGGCCACUGACACGGUACCUGCCUGUGCGAAAGGACGACUUCGACUUGCGGGCUCACAUUGAGUCGGCGGGCCACAGCACAGACACAUGCUUCCAUUUGUCCAUCUCUGAAAAGACGUGCCGUGGCUACUUGGUCAAAAUGGGAGGCAAAAUCAAAACCUGGAAGAAGCGCUGGUUUGUCUUCGACCGCAACCGACGCACACUCUCCUACUAUGCAGAUAAGCAUGAAGCCAAGCUGAAAGGAGUCAUCUACUUCCAAGCAAUUGAAGAAGUGUAUUAUGAUCACUUGAAGAAUGCACAUAAGAGCCCAAACCCGUCCCUGACCUUCAGUGUGAAGACUCAUGACAGGGUCUACUACAUGGUUGCUCCUUCUCCUGAGGCCAUGAGGAUCUGGAUGGAUGUGAUCGUCACAGGUGCUGAGGGCUACACCCAGUUCAUGGUGUAGUGAAGGGGCAGGAAUUGCCUCCGUGCUUCAAUUCUUUGCGGCUCUAAAGACUACAUUUUUCUAUUCCUUCUUUCUCUUUGGACUUUUUUAAUGUCUGGUGGGAUGUUAUCGCCAUCAAUGCUGAAGAAUGAACAUAGUUCCUGUUGUUUAGGGACAGCAGCUUUUAUAUAACUUUGCAACCAUUUAUCUGCGUCAUUUGCAAGAGGGGCAGGUUUAACAAUCACACAUGGCUCAUUCAUGCAAAAUUGUCAAUUGAAAAGAUCUGAAGCAUGCUAUGGUGCACCACUGUGCUCUGGAGUGAGCCCUGGUGCAACUCAUGGGUUUUGCUCAAGUGUAAAAGGACUUUAAUGUUUUUUAAAAAAAAUGUUUACUUGACUUUAAUUUUAUGUGAACAGAGAGAAGAGCAGAUCGCGAUCCAGCUGCUCACCUCUAGACAUGAGGAGCUUUUUCACAAAUGAUUGUUUUAUGUGGGGGGAACUCUUUCUAUGUCAUCAUAAACAUCAACUAAGAAUACCUAAGAGUGAAUCAGUAGUUGGGUUGAAUUGGCAUACAAAGCCUAAACAGUUUAUACAUGUCAUGAAUGAAUUUGUGGUCAAUUUGCGAUGGGUUUAAUUUUCGACCAUUUCCUGUGUACAUAAUAAUAAUGUAUAUUAUUAAUUUAGUAGUUAGUUAGGCAAAACAUUUUAAUUUUCUAUUUUCUUUCUCUUUUUUUCCAUCUUCAUUUACAAUCCGAUUCCAAGAAAUGCUGUGUAAAAACUCUAACAGGAUGUGAUCAUUUUCAAAUCCUUUUUGAAAUUUACUCUGAAACUGAAAAUAAUCCCAACACAGUAUACUCAAAUAAAAAAACACCUGAUUUGACAGAUAAACAGGUUGACUGGUAGCACGGGAUAGUAUUAAGAUUGGUUAUGAAAGGGGCAUCCACUUUGUGAAACACAUGAUUGUAUAAAGGAUAUAGCUACAUGGGUUUGGGAACACUUUUUUGUAAAGCAAGAGUUUGUAAAUGACUGCAUUCUGUUUUUAUUCAGGUACACAGCGUCCCAACUUUUUUUGGAAUCCGGGUUGCAAUUUCCUGUAUCGUUACUGUGGCAUUCUCAGGUCUUAAGUGUGUGCAUGGAUGUGCAUGCAUGCAUCCAAUGAUCACGUGUGAAUUUAGACACAUAAGUGCCGAAGAAGUGCCUGUUUUGCGUGCAUACGCUCCAAGGUGCUAUUCUUACAUGGUGAUUGACGCUAAUAAGCCAAGCCACACCCGUCAUGUAAAUCUUUUAAUGCGGUGUAAUAAUACACUCCAUGAUCAGUGAUUUAUCAGUCAUUUUUUAAAAAGGUUUUGCUGGUCUGGUUUUACAA